AUGGCCCCUCCCGCCCCGCUCGCCCGCUCGCUCGGGCUCGGCGCGGACCCGCCCGGGCGCGCUCCUCCCGCCGGCUGCCGGCGUCCCACCGCCCAGCGCGGAACGGGCCAGCGGUCCCCGCCACCCUUGAGGGCGCUGCCGACACCCAGUGCGGAGGCUCGCCGGCGGAGGUCGCUACGGGAGGCUAGACCGCGUUGGCGCGCGGCUCUCCUACCCGCAGGUCUUCCUUUGAUACAGUGGAUGGUGACUCUGCUCUUCUGCCUGAGAAUGGUUCAAAGUGUACCAUGCGGGCUCUCUCUGGGAGUCCCCUCUGAACUCCAGCCACCUGCCCUCUACUUGAUGAAUACUAGGUGGUCAGACACUCAGAAGCAACCACAAAAGAUGCUGUGUGCUACCCGGCUACCAGGUUGACUCCACAAUGGCCUCUGUCCUUGGGGUCGCUGUCUCCGAAGACGGGACUGAAGCCCGGAACAGCAAUGGACACAAAAGCAGCAGCACCGAGGAGGUGACCGCACGCCCGCCAGCCACCCAGAGACCUCCAGGCAUGGUGUGGUGGGGCAGCUGGUGUUGUGAAUCAGGCCGUUGCCAAUCAGAGAACGGCUACUUCACAACACCAGGGUCACACCCCACCACGGGCACCGGCUGCCGUCCAGACUCCACAGCGGCUCGUCUUGGGGACACGGCCAAGCCCUCCGGAACCCCAGCACAUGUGCAGCCGUGGCCCGUCCGGCAUGCGGUGUGGAGCCCACUGCACAGGGGCCUGGGGCUCUGUGUCCCCUGGCACAGACAGCACCACUCCAGGCAGCACUGGCCUCCGCAGAGGAAAUGGUGCUACAGGCUUCCCACUGAGGAAUGGAGCUUUGGCCCCUCAGAAGGGUUAAGCGCCACUAAACUGAACACUUCCUCCUAGGUGCUAGGAACACAUGGGGUGAACUUGGGUCUGGGUUUUGAGAUUUAUGGUGGGAGCUUUGAACAGGCAAGGUGCUGGGAAGGGCAGCCCUAGUUACGGAUGGUGGCCUCAGGGGACACUGCUGGAAAGACGAAGGCCUUCCGUAGCCACACAGAUGGAGCGCACAUCUAUUUCCUAGAUGGUCCCAGGUUCCCUGGAGACUAAAUGCCUUUCCUUGAGUGUGAGAGGGCCACCCACGGCUCUCCAUCUGGCAAGUGUCUCCAGCUUGGCUGGCUCAGAGCCAAGCACAAGAGGACCCUUCCUAGUCUGACACUCCCGUCCCGGUAAGGUGGCCUGUCACCUGUGCUGACAGGUGGGCUUUCUUUCCACGCACGGGGCCUCACAGCCAGGGACCUGGCAGAGUUGGAAAUGAACGGAGGUCUCCAGAGUUCAUGUCUGUCAUGCCUGACUUAAAUCUUACACGUGACAACAUAUUUCAGAGCCAAGCGGGAAGUUUAGAGGUGGAGUGUCGGCCAGCAUCCUUUCUGAAGCGCUGAGGAAAAGGAGGAGGUCUACCUCCAGCUGGCUGUCACUGCCAGAGCUAGACCAGAGCCCCUCUGGUUAGCCCAGGCUCUGUGUCACCUCAUUGCUGGGCCACCAUCCCAUAGGAAGCAGAGGGACAGACAGUAACAAGCCUGGUGGAAACACUGCACAGAACAAGGUUACCCAGAGCCUGAGUUAAGCAGAACAGCCCUGAGUCUCUGUCCGCUUGGAGUUCCCAGAGGUGAGGUUACUGCUUCUGUGAUGUCUGCCCUGCACCCCAUCCCCAAGUCACUGUGGCAUCUCUGAAAUUUCUACUAGGUUAUGCUUGGGACAAGUAUCUUAGAGUUAAGAGUUCCAAUUUUUCAGGAAGGUCUACCUGCCUUCUCCUUAAAACAAAUAAACUGCAUGUCUCUGAGAAGCCAUCCACUUACCAGCUCCCCUACCACCAAGAGAGUCCAAGCUGGG